AUCAGAGCAGCAAUUUGAGUGUGGCGUCGGUUGCGUAAUAGGAAGGGGAGCUGCUGAUAAGGAAUGUGUCCAGACUGUCACCUUAUCGUGUGGACAGGACAUUUUGUUAAUCUGCCCGCAGGCUGCACAUGUUUGCGUCUGUGUGGGUUUGAAGUGUCAGGCUAAGGUCACAGGCCUCGGCCCCUGUUGAUACCACAGUGAAUGCUAAUGAGCUACGUCAGUGUAGUCUGACGCACAAGUUUAGUCCUGAAUGAAAAAUCUCCAGCUUUACUCUAUGGACGACCACGAAAACACGUCAAACGCGUUCCUGACUCCUGAUGUUUCUCAAAGUUUCCAUCUUGCGCCUGCAUCUAAAGGUCAGAUUCAUGUCUCCGCGACGGCCUCUAACAAGAGUCCUCUGGGCCUAGUGGGUCUGAAGAACCUGGGCAACACUUGUUUCAUGAACUCCAUCCUGCAAUGUCUGAGCAACACUCCAGAGCUGAGAGAUUACUGCCUGAGGAACGUCCACCGCUUGGACCUCAACAACAACUGCAGGACUAACGCCGCUCUCAUGGAAGAGUUUGCGAAGCUGACCCAGAGUCUGUGGACCUCUGUGAACAACGAGCCCAUCAGCCCCGCUGAUUUCAGGAGCCAGAUCCAGAGAUACGCUCCGAAAUUCGUCGGGUGCAAUCAGCAGGACGCCCAGGAGUUCCUGCGCUGCCUGUUGGACGGCCUCCACAACGACGUCAACCGGGUUACAGUCCGCCCUAAGGUGUCCAUCGAGGACUUUGACCACCUCCCGGAGGAGGAAAAAGGCAGGAGGAUGUGGAACAUGUACUUGGAGAGAGAAGACAGCAAAGUAGUGGAUCUCUUUGUCGGACAGCUGAAAAGCUCCCUGACCUGCACCGUCUGCGGCUUCCGCUCCACCGCCUUCGAUCCGUUUUGGGACCUUUCGAUACCCAUCGCGCAGAAGAACUCGGGCGAAGUGACACUCAAAGACUGCUUCCGACUCUUCACGAAAGAAGACGUGCUGGAUGGAGAAGAGAGACCGACGUGCACCAGAUGCAAAGACAGAAGGAAAUGCACCAAAAGGUUCAGCAUCCAGAAGUUCCCUCAGAUCCUCGUUCUUCACCUGAAACGCUUCUCAGACUCCAACAUCCGAGCCAGCAAGCUGUCCACGUACGUCAACUUCCCUCUCAAAGAGCUGGACCUGCGGGAAUUUGCCUCCGAGAGCAGCGAGCGCCCUGUGUAUAACCUGUAUGCAGUCUCAAACCACACUGGAAACACUUUGGGAGGCCAUUACACAGCCUACUGCAGGAACCCAGCGCUGGGAGAGUGGUACAGCUACAAUGACUCCAGGGUGAGCCCAAUGUCCUCCAGCCAGGUCCGCAGCAGCAACGCCUACGUGCUCUUCUACGAGCUGGCCACCCCCUCACACAACAAGUACCAGACGUGUCGGCUUUAGACCCACGAAGAGGCCAAACUGAGCCUUGAAAAUGGAGUCGACACACUGCCUGCUGGGAGAGAGCUCCGCCUAGUGGAGAGGGUCCUGCCAUUACAAACUGUGAAAAUGGAGCUCACGGGUUGCUGAUGAAGGAAUAAAUAAAAAAAGCUUUUUUAUCUUGAAGAGAUAAAAAGGUGGAGGCAACAAGUUGGGCGUAACUGAAACGACGCUGGAGAUAAAUGACUUCCAUUGUUGGAAGAGUGGUUUAAAUUUAGCUCCAGGCAGAGCUGUGAAUCAGAAAGUUUGUUUUCACUCCGAUAAGAGAUGUUUUGCAGCUACACCUGGACCUGAAUUUUUCGCCAUUCCAUCAUUCUUUAAAUAUGGAUUAUUAACCUUAUGGACAUUAAUGUAAGAGGACUUAAAAAAAAAAUCCCCACACACCGACUGCAAGAUGUAAUUUAUUGUAUUUAUGAUGUUAAUGUGAUGUAAUAAAGCUUUCCUCUUAAUGAAAUCUGCCAGGGAAGAGAUGGAGAUAGAGAGAGAGAGAGAGAAGAUGCUUCUAUAUGUUAUUAUAAAGUUAUUUUUGUACAGUAUUUAUGGACAGCACAGCGAAUGUAAUGUACCGUGGAAAAAUCACUCCGAGACAGACCAAAGGAAUGCCUUCAUUCAGGAACAAGGAGUCUAUAAAUGAAUAAAUUCUUCACUAACUUA